AUGGGCAAAUUCCGCAAUCAAAAGAAGAAUUUGGUGAGAAAUAAGGUGGCGGUGACAGUGAAAAAAGCGCAACGCAUGAAGGCCGAGGUUCGAAACGCGAAAAAAGACGGAGCGAUGGAAGUGGAGGCGCCAGAAGACGUGCCACGUGUCAGAGGACUCGCCGUCUCGUCGUUGAAAAAAUUGGCGUCGGGUGAGCUGAAGAAUGUGCCGAAAGUCAACGAGAAGAAGAUCAUCCGCAAGACAGAGUUGCCCGUCAGAGAGGGGUAA